AUGUCCGGCAUUGCCAUCAGGUAUCUCGACUACAAUUGCAACCUGUUCGCUGGUCCAUACAAAUAUUCCUUCGAGCCCGAGCAAUCCCGAACAAUGGCCUUGAACAAGGACGAUGCCCACCCUGUCACUAUGGCUUUCACGGCCCCUUGGAGGAAAACCGGGCCAGACGUUGCUCACGGUGGUAACAUACAUGCUAUCACCCCAGAGUCUCUGUCGAGCCAGAUUAAUCAGGUGACGAUGAUUGGUGUUGCCCGGUUUCUGGACAACUUUGGCCCCUUGUACGGCAAUGUCAUCGACCAAAAGGCACGCAGUCAGAAUGAGCGCACCUUGACAGCCGUCUUACAAGCCUUUGCGCUCCAAUAUCUGCCAUCCCGGCAAGCCGAAGGACCACUGGCCCACUUCUACGAUAGCCUUGACUCAAAUAGCCAAUCUCCUGAGUCGCCAUCUGGCCUGGGUGAUCGCGGCACAAAUAGCUUACAUGUCUUCACCUCAGCGUGGUACAAUGCUCAUUCGCAGCUCGUCAGCACAAUCGAAAACCGUUCGUUUGUCAGGCUGUAUUCGGUCUUUCUUUUUCUAAUGACGAGUAUCCCAGAGGAAGCGACUUCCACCCAACCGUACGAACAUAGUCCGCUUGGGCUCUUGGACGAUGGUCUGCGCCAGAUGGAGGAACUCCAGAAACUGGUAGAGGACUAUUGCGAGCAUCUCGGACGGCAGUCGAUAUAUCGCUUCCUCCUCCAAUCCUCAGUUGGCAUCAUUCGCUGGUACGCCUAUCUGCGCGACACCAUAGACUCAGUGUUGCAUGAGCGGCCCUGUAUGUUAGAGGAUGCGCCCUUGAGAUCGAAAGACUCCCUACUUGGAGGGCAUGCCGCUCCGCAGUGGCAACAACCGGCGCUUUUCGACCAGGAAGUACCUCGGCAUUGUCAAAAUGCCUCUGGGGACCUCUUCCGAGUCUUUAGGGGGGUCAUUCACCUGCGGCAGAUGCUGCUAGCAGGCAGUGGCCCGUCCGAUAUGCACGCAACAAGAACUGCAGUGUCAACUGCUUUGGGCACGAUAGAUGAGUUCACCAUGACAUAUGGUCCUUGGCUCGACCAAUGCGUCAUUUCCUUCUAUCUUCUUUCCGAGAAAUCGAAGCUAGCUUCAGCAUUCAUGCUUUUGUUCUGGAAGCUGUCCAAGUUACUGCUUGUCGAGCAACUCCACCAAGCUGCCGGCGUGCUGCCGGCUAUCGAAAGUCGUCGGAUUCUCGCAAAAGCGCAGGUAUAUCAAGAGGCUGCCGUCACUUCGCUCCUCACAAUCGCACAGCGGAUUGUUGACGUAUCGGCACUGGGCGAACUCAGACUUAUCAACAGCGUGCAGGCCAAAAUGAACUUCAUUUCCCAUCACGCAAACACGCUUUUGGUGGUCCUGGCCCUUUCCAAGGCGGUUGAACACACCAUUGACUUGCACCUUUCGGCCCCAGAGCAGACCCACUUGGGCUCGGCGGUUUUCCCGGGUGCGACUGUGGAUUCAGACUGGAUUGCAAGCAUGAAGCCUUUGCUGACGUGCCUGUUGACCCUCGACUCCACCGUUUCGGGAGCCAUUACAGCGAGACCGGCAUUACGGAGCCUGAUGCAGCGGUACGGCGACCUACUCAUGGACUGCUGGUCGCAUGAAGACGUUGACGACCUUCCAUCAGCAGGUUCCUGA